AUGGUCUCACCGGAAACAACUCCUCCUCCUCCUCCGGCCACCGCCAGUCCCCGGAUUUCCUUCUCCGGCGAUUUCCUCGACGAUGCAAACUUCAUCUGCAUUACCCCACAAGAUAAAGAAAAGGAGAUCAAAACAAGGACCGGCGAGUUUGAGUUUCUGUCCGGCGACUUGUCCAGUCCGGCGACCAUGCUGACCGCCGACGAACUCUUCUUUGAAGGAAAAUUACUCCCCUUUUGGCAGAAUGAAAAGCUGAAUAAAAUCAGCAUAAAACCUGAAAAAGUGGUUGCAAAAGAGGCAGUGACGAUGAAAGAAGAUGAAAACAACAACAACAACAACAGAAUGAGUUGGUUUAUCGACGAAGAUCCUUCUCCUCGACCACCAAAAUGCACAGUUCUAUGGAAGGAGCUAUUACGGUUGAAGAAACAAAGAGCAUCUUCAGUACUUUCACCAUCUUCAUCCACUUCUUCUAACUCUUCUUCAAACUCCAUUGAUGAUCAAGAUUCAAGCAAGAAAGAGAAGCAGCAGCAGGUUAAGAGAAUUAAAAAAGGGUUAGAGAGAACCAGAUCCAGUGGUAUAAAGAUUAGACCCAUGAUCAAUCUGCCAAUUUGCAGUCAAGGAGGACGAACCAACUCUUUACCUCCUCUUUUUUCCCUUAGGAAAGGUAUGUAGGACUCUUCUCCAUUUUAUUAUUAAUUAAUUCCCUAGAUCUUUCAUCUCUUUUCACUUGUAAUUUUUCUAGGCAAAUGGCUUCAUAAUCUUAAUUAAAUUGCUCAUGUAAAUGCACAACUGUGUGGUUGUUUGAAUGCAUUUCUUUCGGUGUAAACAUUCUCGAUCAUCAAAAUGGCACAAUCAGAGUGGUGUUGUACACUACCAUCUAAGUGUUUCCGAAGAACCGAUUACAAUUUUGUUCAUUCAACUUCAGGUACAUAAUAAAACAUACAACAAUUUGGUAUUUUUAAAAGAAGAAAACUGUACACUCCUAAGAAUAUGGAACACUAAGAAAUUAAUGGGGAA